UACUCCUCUCUUAAUCUUUUUAACUUCAGACUGUCUGCAAUGCUAUUUCUACUCCAUCUUGUUGUUCUGUUAGAAAUCAAAGCCUUUGCUGAAACAUCUGGGUCUGUCUUACUGCCUGCCUGCCAAAAGGGUUAUUUUCCAUGUGGAAAUCAUACAACAUGCCUCCCACAAGCAUUUCAUUGUGAUGGCAUAAAUGACUGUGAGAAUGGUGCAGAUGAAGAAAACUGUGGAGAUAAUAGUGGAUGGGGAAGUAUCUUUGAUAUGGUUCAUGGAAAGCCUAAUUAUUUGGUUUUAGCAGAAGAAUACUGUCUCCACCAAAACCCAGAAGGUUGCAGCAGCAUGGAAACAGAACUAGAAUGUGCUGCGUUAAAGUCUGUUCCACUUGCUUCAAGUAACGUAACCCUCCUGUCACUUAAAAACAGCCAGAUCCAUUCUCUUCCAGAUGAAGUUUUCAGCAAGUAUACAGAAGUGAAGAAAAUAUUUCUACAGCAUAAUUGCAUUCAAACAGUAUCAAGGAAAGCAUUCUUUGGACUAUACAAGCUUCAGAAGUUAUAUCUCAGUCAUAACUGUAUCACUAGUUUGAAACCUGGAGUAUUCAGAGAUCUACACAAAUUGACUGAAUGGCUAAUUCUGAAUUAUAACCCAAUAGGGAAAAUUUCAAAGCAGUUAUUUACAGGGCUAACAUCUUUGUUAUUUCUGUCAAUCAUAAACAAUUCACUUGAGUCUCUUCCCAAGAAAAUCUGUACUCAAAUACCUCCUAUUAACUGGAUGGAUUUUGAAGGCAAUCAUAUUAAGGCCUUAACUAAUACCACUUUCCUGGAAUGUGACCCACUCACUGUAUUGUUUCUUCAUGGAAAUCAAAUUCACUUGGUGCCUGCAAAUACCUUUUCCUCAUUAAAAGAUUUGGGUGAACUGGAUCUGUCCAGCAACUUGAUUAGAGAAUUACCACAUUAUGAUUUUAAAGACCUGAAGUAUUUACAAAAGUUUUGAUUUCUUUUAGCAACGUCUUUCAAUCCACUUUCUCACCUCUAUCAGGAUCAGUUUGAAAAUCUUCAGCAACUUCAGUCAUUAGACCUGGAAAUGAUUGAGAUUCCAAAUAUAAAUACAAGAAUGUUUCAACAUAUGAAGAACCUCUCCCACAUCUACUUCAAAAAGUUCAGGUAUUGCUCCUGUGCUCUCCAUGUGCGAAUAUGCACACCAUAUGGAUUGACACCAGUUGAGGAUCUCUUAGCUAACAAUGUUCUUAAUGUAUUUGUGUGGGUCAUAGCUUGUAUUACAUGUUUUGGAAAUCCUUUUUUCAUUGGAAUGAGAUCAUUUAUCAAAGCAGAAAACAAGACGCAUACCUUAUCUAUCAAAAUUUUGUGUUGUGCUGAUUGUCUAAUGGAGGUGUAUUUGUUCUUCAUUGAAGUUCUUGAUGUUAAAUACCGUGGACAGUAUAAAAAAUUAGCUGUGCUGUGGAUGGAAAGUUUACCAUGUCAUAUCAUGGGGUUCAUCACCACGCUCUCUACAGAGGUCUCUGGCCUUUUGUUGACAUUUCUGACCUUGCAAAAGUAUUUAGUGAUUGUCUUUCCCUUCAGAAAUAUCCAACCUGGAAAGCAGCAGACAAUAGUGAUUCUUACAUCUAUAUGGAUUGCUGGAUUUUUCUUAGCAAUAAUCCCAUUUUGGAAUGAGGACUUUUUUGGAAAUUAUUAUGGGAAAAAUAGUGUUUGUUACCCAUUGAAUUCUGAUCAAAUAGAAGAAAUUGGAGGCAAUGGGUAUUCUCUUGGUAUUUUUCCUGGUGUGAACCUGCUAGCCUUCAUCAUAAUAGUGUUUUCGUAUGUCAGCAUGUUUUGUUCCAUUCAAAAAACUGCCCUUCAGACAUUGGAAGUAAGGGGUCACAUUCGCAGGGAUGUUGCUGUUGCCAAUCGUUUCUUUUUUAUAGUAUUCACUGAUGCCACCUGCUGGAUUCCUGUCUCUGUCAUUAAAAUCCUCUUCUUAUUCCAGGUGGAAAUUCUAGACACUGUCACUUCCUGGAUAGUGAUAUUUGUCCUGCCAAUAAACAGUGCCUUGAACCCCAUUCUCUAUACUCUCACAACUACUUUCUUUAAGGAAAAGUUAAAGCAGUCACUGGACAGACGUUGAAGGAGGGAAAUUUUCAAAAUGACAAAAAAAACCUUGGUCACUUCGGUCCUGUGGACGGACAAUUCCCUUGGAUUUUUAAAAAAAUAAUUCCUGGGGAUGGUACUAACUCUUAUUAAUUUAUAAGUGUUUCUCAACAAGAUCAUGGAAACUGGACCUAAUUGCAUUAUAGCAGUAUUAAUCUCUUUGAGAUUUAUAUGUAGUGUCUUUCUGGUCAUUACCAUCUCUGUAUUCGUCUUGCUAGAAAAUAAAAUGACCACUGUUGCAUUUAUCAUGUGAGAUUUGUGUUACAGUUUGAAACACAGGCAUACUGUGCACUGGGGCUGAAGACAACGAUACUUUUGUACUAUUCAUCCAGCUUCCCCAGAGGGUCAGUGUACCUGUACUUGCCAAGAUACAGUCUUCUUAACAUAUAUUAGGUUAAGGCAAAUGACAUUUCAAGAAGAUUUCAUUAGGACUGUACUACCAAUUUCAGGAUUAUCCUUGGGAAGAAGUAUUUCUCCCAAGGUUGAAAGUUCCUGGGGGAAAAGGCUAGAACAUUUAUGCAGCAUGAAAAUCUGUAUUAAUCCUGUAGGAUUUAAUAUGUGGGCUCUGCAAAGAGGUGAAUGUCUCUUUGUGCACAUAAAGUCACUACUCAAAACUGCAAGACCCAAGUAGUAUUGUUGUAAUUUUUUUAAGGUACUAAAAGUCAAGUGAAACUUCCUGUGCAAGCAACAGAACCCAGACUGGAAUAAAAAUUAAAUAAUGAAACCCUCUGAAUGAUCUUUGAAAGCAGUCAAUUCAGUUUUCAUUGCAUCAGUUUUUACCAAGCAUAGGCAUGCUGGCAGCAUGGGUAAGUGUAUGUUUGGGGGACCAUUUAUGGGACUCAGGCACUUUUGAUGAAGAACAAUUCACCUUUAUUAGUUAUGUUUUCAUAACCAUCUCAGUUGUAUUUCAGCUUAUAACAUAUGAGCUGCCAACCUACUACAAAGAAAAGAUUCAAGAUUUUAGGAAAAGAGUAAAGCAAAACUUUCAGCAAACUUUACGUUUUUUUUUUUAAUAUUUACUAAAGUAAACUUCAGUAAAAAUUUC